GCGGCUUUAUGUAAGUUUCUGAGUUCGGAAGAGGAGGAGCAGUUUGCUUCGGACAGUACUGAAGAAAGCAAGGUGCGGGGCUAGCAAAGGAUGUUGAAGACUAUAAAACAAGCACUCUUUUCUACAGGGCUGGAGAUGCCCAAAUGGACAGCACUGCCAAACCAGGCUACAGAUUAUGAAAUUCGACAGUAUGAAGCUGCCAAGUGGGUAUGCACAUCUGUCAAGACUGUGGACUGGGACUCAGCCAUCAGUACUGGUUUUACGAAGCUUUUUAACUAUAUUAAGGGCAAGAAUGAAAAAGGAAUCAAGAUAGAUAUGACUGCUCCCGUGACAUGCUUUGUGCAGCCGGGUGCUGGCCCAUUCUGUGAAUCCACAACAACCGUCUCUUUUUAUGUACCAUCUCAACACCAGGCGAAUCCACCUAAGCCCACAGAGGCUGAUGUGUUCAUUGAAACCAAGCCAGCAAUCACUGUCUUUGUCAGAUCAUUUGGAGGCUUUACCAAUGCUAAAAAGAAUCAAGAAGAAAUACUGGCACUUGCUGAAAGUCUGAAGCGGGAUGGGAGAGCUUUUCAGGAAAAAGUCUAUUACAGUGCUGGCUAUGACAGUCCAUUUAAAUUGCUGAACAGACACAAUGAAGUUUGGCUUAUCAAGAAAAGCUAAAACCUCAGCAAUGCAAUUAUAGGCUUAAUAUCCAAAUGUGUCCUUAACAAAAGGUAGCUUUUCUUAACAGAUUAAAACUCUAUUUUUGAAUAUUUUUUUCUAAUAUAUUUUCCUAUACCUUCUGCUGCCUAAUCUUCUGUGGCCUGCAAUGUAUCACUGCCAAUAUAAAAUAGAUACGUUGUUAUAGCAUGGGUAUAGCAACCAUGUAUCUAAAGGCACAAGAUGUACAAUAUUAUUAAAGCAGUAACUUUCAGUAGAGGUGAAAUUUUACCUUGAAAAUGUGAGCAAUUUCUCCCUUCCUAACAGCUGUCUGUAUAACCUGGCUAAACCUUAUUGGAAUCUGUUUAUGGAAAAUUGAGUUUCUAAAUUAUUAUGUGGAUUUCCAGGUAUUCUAAGGCAGCAGAAGGGUAUCAAAUCUAAGAGUCAAGCAGUGCUUGAUAUAUUGGAGAGAAGGGGGAUAGGAAGUUCUUCUCAAAAUACUUCUGAAUUUAGCCAAAGCAUCAUUUUCCUUGCAAUCUUCUAAACAUAGCUAAAGGGUCAUCACAAAUUAUAAUGAAGCAGGGAGCUCAGGGGCCUUAUUUCUUUGUGUGUUUUUCCUGCUACAAAAAGUGUGCUUUGUAAUGUGAGUGAGCAUAUGUCACCACAAGGAAAGGCAGCACUUUGUCCAGAUUGCUGUGUUGGUAUAACCAGUUUGAUAGGCCUAUUUUAAUGAGGAGAUCAAUGUGGUGCUUGUCCUUACAGGUAUUUCACUCUGUGGGAUAAGCCUGCAUACUUUUUCCCAUUCAUUAAGCCUCUUGAUAUAGGGACCUGUGUAUUUUUGCCUGUGAAAUAUCCUAAGGUGCUAUAUAAUAAAAUUUUCCUAAUUUGGGUAUUGUUCAGUCUGUGCACCUCAACUGAAAAGUGUGGAAUACUGUAAAUUCUAACUCUUAAAAUGAUUUGUAAUUAACUCUUAGAAUGAUGUAGAAUUGAAUUUGAAAGCUGCUAAUUGCAUAGCUUCUCCUAAUGUAUAUCCCUUCUUACUGCCCCUUCCAUCCAAGUACUUGUUCAUACUAUUUGGAGAAUCCAGAGAAUAGCAAACUGGGACAGAGAAGAAAUCUAUGUAAGCACAUGGAUGUUAUAUUAAUACUAUGAGGGGGAAGCACCAGCAGAUUUCAAUAUUAAGUUCUAAAACAUGACAUGGAAAAAAAAAACCUUUUUAAGAGGGGUUGGGGUCCUCCAGUGAUCUUCCAGUUGUUGUUUGACUUGAACUCAUAUUAACCCCAGCAUGAAGGCCAAUGAUCAGGUAUGACAGGCACUGUAGUCCAUCAAUAUACUGAAGGGUCAGAAGUUCCCAUGCCUGCUUUAGGAUGUUAUUUUAUGGUUUGUUUACCCACAGCUGUGCUCAUAGCAGGUUCACACGAUACACCAAGCUGCAGAGGUUUCUUGUGCAGAAUGGUCUGUUGUGUUGUCUGAAUGGCUGUUGUGUUAUUUCAGCAUGGUACAUUUAGGUUUCUAGAAACCAAGAAACAAUCUCUUCUAUCGUUUUCACCCAUUUCAUUCCAGUUGUCAAAACUGUUGGGAUGGACUAGGCAGUUAUUCUGGGCAUGUUUUCCGAGAGUGGUGUUGCACUGACUUGUUGGGUGAAGAUGGGGAGGGCUGGGAAAUGAGGAGUAUGGGAAUUGAGGGCAGGGCGCAGUUGUCUCAAGGCUGUCACACAAACGAGGUGCUCAGACAGAUCAUGAGAAGAGACAGGGUUUGGAAGAGAAAAGUGGGACAAAGGAGAGGAGGAAGACGAGCCCUUGCCCUGUUUGGUGCCUGACCCAAUGGCAUGCUGUUGGGAUAAAAGCUACCUAGUUAGAGGGCCCGAGUAGAUCUAGAGGAACCCACCUUCUCCAGAGGGACCUAACCAGAGGGGUGGAGCCCAGCGUUACUGAAAAGGAGGGGUUUUGGAAGUGGUUUCUAGUUUGGGCUCAACAAUUCACUGUUUGUGCUUAGAGACUAGCCUUCCAGUGGCUGUAGCUUGCUGGGUGUGAAUUGGCAAUGAAGAACUAUCUUUAGGACUGCCUGUUACUUAGGAAGCUUGAAACAAAUAAGGGGAAAACCUGCUUCCAACACAAACCCAGCAUUGUGGUUUCCAUAGUUAUGCAGCUACCACAAAGCCCCUGGAAAGUUUGGCAGUUGCAGGAGCUGUUCCAGAUAUCUGGGGACUGAAUUUCAGGUACAGUGCCUGAUGGGAAUCACAUCAACGGCUGAAGGACAGAGGGGAAAGUGGAAACCAUGUCAGUGUAGAAAAGCACUUGUCUGACAGGCACAUCCAGGCAAAACGAUACUACAAAACAAGGUGUUGUGACUUGUAAAUCCCAAACAGAAGGUACUUUCUGCACUAAACAGUACAGGGGAUGGUUUAAAAAACAAAUUCUUGAUAGGAAGUCUGGCUUACAAAGGUAAGCAUGGCCUGUGGAACCUUUUUGCAACCUGGUACCCUCCAGAUGUUUUCAACUUAGUUUCCA